UUCUCCGCUGCCCUCCUCCCUCGAGGAGCUCGUCGCAGGUACAUGCCGGAAGUCUGAAUCUUAUUCGCCGGAGGCGGUUCCCUCGUAAUCUUGGUUUCCCUGUACACGGUUGCUUCCAGGGGUAGCUCUCCUUGAGUCGCGCUUGCAUCUAGGUCCCUUCGCAGUACUAUGGACUUGAGGAGCAUUGGUGAGAGCGGAGCUCAAGGAGACUAGGACCUCUACUAAUACGUACAGUUGGUAGUGGAUGGACGACAUUGUUCCUGUGAUUCUCUAGUUUUUGGUUAUGCAGGGCAGACAUUUUAUUCGAUGGUGAACUGGUGUAAUCUUGCAAAUCCUACAACAUACUAUAUGCGUUCAGGCCAAAAUUGAGGUUGUCUUAAUGUUAGUGCCACCUACGGUAUGUGCUAAGUUAAUAACACCCCGGGCCUGAGGAGCACUAAGCUUUAACCUGCUAAUAUCUGCCCAAAAAGACUAGAUUGAGUUCCUAGAUCUCCAAAAAAUACACCAAUGUCUAGACAGUUUGUGCGCUCUUUUAAAUUUUUGUGGCAUGCUUUGCUCUUUUAAAUGUGCUCUUAGUGUUCUUUUAUUGGAAUCAGGGGCUUUCACUCAUCUUUUUUCAAUGGAGCCAUCAUUCAUUAAUUAGUAGCAGGAUUACAAUAGUUUCUAGGCAACAACCUAGACUGAUAUUAAUUGUCUGAUGUUGCAUUUUUUUUGCCAAGCUUUAAACUGUGCGCUUUGCAUGGGAUAUUUUGUUUUCUUUUGAAGGCUCAUUUAAUCUAUCCCAGCAUUAAUGUUCUGAUUACUGAUGUUGGAUUUUUUUGUAAUGCACAGAGCGUUUAGUGAGGAUAACAAUGACUCAAUUGACGUGAAGGUACAGAAAGCUCUGGAAUGUCCAUGCGUUGCUGAUUUGAAAAGUGGACCUUGUGGCAGUGGAUUUAUCGAUGCAUUUUCCUGCUUCCUGAGGAGUACCGAAGAAGAGAAGGGAUCAGAUUGUGUGAAGCCCUUCAUCGCAUUGCAGAACUGCAUCAAGGAAAAUCCGGAGGCAGUUUCUAAGGAGAUUUUGGAAGAGGAGGAGAAUGACGAGGAGGCUGAGAAGUCCAACCUGAAAGUUAGAGCUCCAGCAUGGUCUAGAGAAGCCAAGCCAAAGCUUUGAGAUCUUGUGGGAUUAAGCUGACCGCCCGAUAAAAAGAUUCCUCUGAUUGGUGCGCUACACCUUAUUUAUCCUAUAAAUUACUCCUUUAUAGGCUAGAUUUCCGUGAGCAAAGUAUGCAUCCCGGGUCCUUCAGCAGAAAUAAGCCCAGUUUGUGCACGAGAGAUAUUCCACAGAGAACAUAUUCGUUAUUGCAAUGAGAAACUGAGAAACAUGUUUUCUCAGACUUCUGUUUCCAAAUGGAUUAAGGCGCUGGUAAAUAUUGAAAGAAGCUAUUGUCCGUGUUGAUAUACUA